GGGCACUUGAAUUUGAUCGAUUUACCUUUUUACACAGCCUAAAUACAUCCAGAUUGUCGGGUUAUAAUGUCUAAACAGCCCACGUCUGCGCGCUUCCGGAGGGUGGACGUGGACGAGUACGAUGAAAACAAAUUCGUGGAUGAAGAGGACGGAGCAGAGAACCAGCUGGGUCCAGACGAGGCGGAGGUGGACUCUCUUUGUGGCACGGGGAAUCUAAUAGAGGCCCUGCACGCAGUUUUGAAGAACCCACCAAUCAACACAAAGAACCAGAACGUCAAGGAUCGAGCCGAGGGUUUGGUUCUUAAAGUGCUCACAGCGUUUAAGAGCAGCGACAUAGAGAAAGGAGUUCAGUCUCUGGACAGAAACAGUGUAGACCUGCUCAUGAAAUACAUCUACAAAGGCUUCGAGAAGCCGUCAGAAAACAGCAGCGCCGUCCUGCUCCAGUGGCACGAAAAGGCUCUGGCAGUGGGUGGAGUGGGCAGCAUCGUCAGGGUACUCACAGCCAGGAAGACGGUCUAAAGCAGGAGCACUUAACGUCACACGAUGAGAGCAGCGCGCGUGUAUUCACUCAACCAGAUGGACAACGGCAACCUUUUACCCCAAUGAAAGCUGCUGCUGAGUGCAAGUAUAAUCCGGGUUUAGUACGGUUCACUCCUAUAACUGAAUACAGCCUAUUUCACUUUAUUACUACAGGGUGCUACAGUAAACCAUCUCCAACACUCAUUUUACUAAUAGUUGUUCUGUUUAUCGUUCCCUCUGGCUAAAUACUCAUGUUUUAUUGCAGUAUUCUAUUACAUUUUUUUAUUACUUCAUACUUCACUAUAUUUGAGAAAUGGUAUCUGUACUUUAUACUAACUCCACUACAUUUUUGAACAGGACUGAAGAGUAAAAGUUUUUUUUAUUAUUGUUUGAGACCUGCUGAAAAGGCUUAGGGUUUAUUUUUUAUCUUGUUCAUAAUUUGAGCGAACAAAACAGCCAGAAAAAAAACCCAAUUGGUUCAGUUGUUUCUGUUGAACAAAAUCCAGCACAAAUCUUUAUCAAAAUGACUACGUUUGAAGCUUUAUUAAAUCUCAAAAUCUGCGUGAAAUACUUUUACUUUUUACUCUUUAAGUAAAUUUUUAGGUACUUUAAUAGUUUUACUGAAGUAUUUUCUGGGCUAUAAGUCACACUUUUUUCAUAGUUUGGCUGAGGGUGCGACUUAUAUUCCGGAAAAUACAUUUUUUUUAACGAUUUUUUUCAUGUGAUACUUUUACUUUUACUUGAGUAUUUUUUUUGCCUUCGUCUCUGUAAUUUUACUUAAGUAACAAAAUUGAGUACUUCUCCCACCGCUGCAUUUUGGCAAUAACCUUUCAUGUUUAUAAUUUGAACAAUUCACCUUGAUUGUUGCUGUCUAUAGGCAUUCAGUUGAAAUGAUUGGUUUGGAAUAGAUACCAAAUUAAUAAUUAUAUAAGAUGAGAUAUAAGAUUUAAGAUUAAAUAGAAAAAAUGAUAGCAACCUGUUAAAACUACUCAAAAUUAUGACUUAUGAUCCAAAUAUUAACUUCCAUGUUGAAAUAUGAUUCUGUAAUGAAAGGGAAAGAGGAUUAAUUUGACCUCUGUAGCUGAAAACGUGUGAGGUUUCAUUACUUACGAGCAAAAGCACAACCUUGUAAAUUAUAUGACCUAGACACUCAUUUAACACUUUUUUCAUUUAGUGUAUGGAGUAAAAGGAAAUCAGCUGAACUAGGAAAAAAUAUAUAUCACGUACUGGCUCUAAUGUUAUUGUGAUUCAUGGAUUGCUGUUUGUAGGUGCCAUUUUGAGGACUUCUCAUCAUUCAAAAGUUAGAAUAUUUCUGUAGGAACGCUGACAACUCAAGGAUUCCACAUUUUGCCUUUAGCCUUUAGCUUUUGUUGAUGUCUCACACGCACAUACAUACACACACACACACACACACACAAAGGGGGGAGGGGGAUGCAUCUCUCUGUUCAUUUAUUCAUUCAUCCGCACUGUCUGGCCCCGUUUAGGAUUAUUAUUACCCACCAAUGGCCUAAUCCCGCCACUUUACAUCCACACGGCCUUUCUGCUGUGGGCACCGUUCUGUUCAUCGCACGUGGAAGUUCAAGAAAAGUGAUCUAACUUUGUCAUAAUAAUUGAGACGGUUGAAAAUAUUUAAUCACAAAUAGAGGUGGGAGACGUAUUGAAAAUGGUCUUAAAUCACCAUUGUUCUUUUAGAGAUACACGUAAUUAUAACGUUAUCAAGUGUAUGUGAACAGAAAAUGGCUGUAAUUUUCCAAACAAGGGUUUUAAAGUGGCACGUGUGCACUUUGGUAUAUCAUUUUUUUGGUCAGUUCUCAUUUUGUGUGUCACUUGACCCUGAAUCCAUUACGUUUUUUGCACAUUUCUGUUGGAAUACUUUAAUAUUGUCAUUGGAAUAAUAAUAAUAAUGAUUAAAUAAAAAAUAUCACCCACCCCUAAUUGUAAAAUAGAAUAAACUGUCUUUGCCCAAAAUGUUAAUAAUACGCAUUAAGUUGGUCAAAUCCUGCCUUUUAUCAAAUCCAAUACAUUUCUCAGUACAUUUUCAUAUUAAAAACAUUAUUUUUAAGCUUAAAAAUCAGUGUUAUUUUACGUACAUUUUCAACCACACAAGUAUUGAAGGAAGAAACCUGAACUGCAACGCCUGCCUCAUGAGGAUGUAUAAAUGUAUGUUGCCAAAUAAUUAUUUCAUAUGAUUGAAGUAAUGUAUUAAUUAGUAUUAGUUAAAUGUGUAAUAUGUUUGGGUUUUGCUUCUUUAACUUUUUGAUAUUGGGCAUUUAGUUUUUAUGAAUCACUUUGUGUUUUUAUGUUAUCAUCUCAAACUAUUUAAACGUGCUUUGAGAUGGAGAUGGGUGAGGUGUUGAUAAACUUACAUUGUUGUUCUUGUUUUGGAUAUAUGCAAAUUAGACUGAGUACCGGUAUAUUGUCUGUAGGCCUGUCACGGUAAUUACUAUAUCGACUUUUAGUUCUGUAUCAUAGUUGGGACAGUGCAUCUUUGGGCUCAAUAUUCAUCAUAUGUAUAUUUUCUUUUCAAUAAUGCAGAGAUUUGUAUUAUUAUUUAGUUGUAAAAUGAUAAGACCUCACCCUAACCCUAACUUCUACAGCUAAUUAUUGCUUAAUUCUGUGUAUUUAUUGCAGCUCAGGCCUUUUAAGGCUGCUGUUUAUUUCAAAAUUGGUUCACUGUGAUUCUGCUGCUUUGUGUCUGUGGCAUAAAGUAGUUUCAAUAUUAUCGUUUAUUGCUAUAUUUUUCUGUAGCAACAUUUCAUGCUUCAAAAUGAAAUGUGUUAUCGUGACAGGCCUAAAUGUCUGUAAUAAAAAUAAUACAAUUAUUUGAUUUGUUAAUAUCACCCACUGCUGUUUUGAGACGUGUUUAAAUCUAUAAUGAAGACAGUAUAUAGAUGUGUUUUUGAAUUGCAGUGGUGACUUGAAUACUAAAAUAACAGUUUUGUUUUGUGAAUUUCUGGUCUAAUAUCAUUUUUGCUUUGACUGAAAAGACAAUGUGAAUUGUUUAUGACUUAUGGACAAUUGCCUUAUAAAAAAACCCCUAAUUUUUAUGUUUUGCUUUUUGAUUAAAAUAAAAAAGCAAGAUGCUGAUGAUAAAAUUGG